UAGAACUCGCCGAAGAAUCUACAAUCUUGUGGAAUAUUCUCGAAGUUUCGGCGUCGGUACAUAAUGUGGAACAGAGAGAGAAGCGGGCAGGACGGCAGUUUAGAAAGCUGAAGAGCUACAACUUGUGUGCUCCGCCUGACAGCUCGUAAAGUUGAUGUUUCUCGUGAAUAAUAAGCAAGGCGAUUUUAUUGUAGGGAAACAGCACUGCAGAGAACAGACGGUGGACCAGAUCUGACAGCUCAGCGUCGAGCGUUUGACAGUUUGUCGGAGUUGACACAAAGUUAGCGCUAGCUGGACUAGCUAACAGAUCUCACCGAUUCCGCUACUCGACCCUGCGAUAAACUCGCAAAGUUAAAGACAAAUGGUGAAAAUGGGCAAAGACUACUACAGCGUUUUAGGGAUACAGAAAGGUGCGUCGGAGGACGAGAUCAAGAAAGCCUAUCGCAAGCAGGCGCUGCGUUAUCACCCAGACAAAAACAAGUCGGCGGAUGCAGAGGACAAAUUCAAAGAAAUCGCCGAGGCAUACGAUGUACUCAGUGACCCAAAGAAGAAAGACAUCUAUGACAAAUUCGGAGAAGAAGGUCUGAAGGGUGGCAUGCCGGGUGGCGGGGGCGGUCCAGGUGGCAUGGGUCCCAACGGCUUCCACUACACCUUCCAGGGCGAUCCGCACGCCAUGUUCUCCGAGUUCUUCGGCGGUCGCAGCGCGUUCGACGUGCUGUUUGGCGGCGGGCGUAACGGCAUGCCCGGCAUGGACGACAUGGACACGGACGACCCCUUCGCCGGGUUCGCCGGCAUGGGCGGAAUGCCCGGGAUGUCGUUUGGCGGCGGGCGCAUGCCCGGGGGUGGUAUGGGCGGGCCCGGUGGUGGUCGCAUGAUGCCCAAGAAGAAGGACCCCCCUGUGGUGCACGAUCUGCGCGUCACCCUGGAGGAGGUGAUGACCGGCUGCAUGAAGAAGAUGAAGAUCUCACGUAAGAGGCUCACGCCAGACGGACGCGGCACACGCUCAGAGGACAAGAUCCUGGAGGUGGACAUCAAGCAGGGCUGGAAGGAGGGCACCAAGAUCACGUUCCCCGGGGAAGGCGACGAGACGCUCACCAACAUCCCGGCGGACAUCGUCUUCGUGGUGAAGGACAAGCCCCACGCCGUGUUCCGACGGGACGGCUCCGACAUCGUCUACCCGGCCAAAAUCUCGCUCAAAGAGGCGCUGUGCGGCUGCACGGUGAACGUGCCCACCCUAAAUGGCCGUAGCAUGCAGGUAGCGAUGCAGGAGAUCGUGCGUCCGGGCACCAAGCGGCGCGUGACGGGCGAGGGGCUGCCCUUACCCAAGAGGCCCGACCGCCGCGGGGACCUGGUGGUGGAGUUCGACAUCAAGUUCCCCGACAGACUCAGCCAGAGCCAGAGAGACACCAUCGCACAGGUGCUGCCCGCAAACUAGAGAGGCGCAGCAGAGAGAGGCGGGGAUCGGAGGGGCAUGGCAUUUGCCUCUGGACCCAGGGCCCACCCGUAUUGAUGGUGGAGGCCCUGUUAUGACCUUUGCAGCCGUAUGGGGGGCCCCAUUCAGUGUACCGCCACUGAAUGCAGGUGCUAUUGAGCCCCCCAUCCAUUCAGUACCUGUAAUCUCCCCAAUCCCAUCCCCUUUCAUCUCAUCAACCCCCCCCCAACACACACACACACCAUCUCAUUCCCACACCAUUCCUCUAUACACUCCUGAGCUGUUGUGUCCCGCCUUCCCGACCUCUUCCAGCACUCCUGUCCUGUCAACCGCACCGCACCAAAGGACAUGGACACACACUAUUGGCCACAAGACCUGCCAAUCAAAACCAUACAGGCCUGGGAGGAGGAGGCAGAGGAGGAGGAGGAGGAG